AUGGCCCAAGACAACUCUCCAAACAAGACCAUAACAAUGAAUCAGAGACGCAGCCGCACCAAAUUCACAGAAGAUCAAUUGAAAAUCCUCAUCAAGGCAUUUGACCAAAAUCCUUACCCAGGUUAUGCUACCAAACAAAGACUUGCUUUAGAAAUCAACACUGAUGAGUCCAGAAUCCAGAUUUGGUUUCAGAAUCGAAGAGCUAGGCACCAGUGCCAGAAAAACUCAGAACCCGAUGAGGACUUAGAAUCAAGUCAAGACCAAGAUCACUCUGAAGAGGAGAUUCAAAGUAGAGAAGACAGACGGUGUCAUACCAGCUAUACUUCUUCACAAUUACACACCCUCAUCGGGGCAUUUAUGAACAACCCUUAUCCUGGCAUUGAUACCAGAGAGCAACUUGCUAAAGAAAUUGGCAUUCCAGAGUCAAGAGUCCAAAUUUGGUUUCAAAAUCGGAGAUCCAGAUCCCAUGUCCAGAGAAAAAGAGAACCUGAUGAUCAAGACUCAGAACAGAGAUAAGACCAGGAACAGGAUCUCUGGGAUGAGAUAUUUGACCACAAAAGUAAUAACAAGAAAUUUAACAGUUCAAAAAGGCAUGGUGUGAAGAAAUAUACUGAACAACCUAAAAGGUGGGAACAAAUGUGGGGGCCGGCGGAAACCACCCCAGGAGACUGGCUCAUAGAUUUUAGAGAUUGCAACACCAGGGUAACAAAGCCUGGGGACUCUGCUGAGGAUGAAAACAGAAACGGGCAGGAGAAAGGCUGUGGGAAAUUACCUUGGAGAAUUCCCUCCUCUAAUUUUGGAGCAGCCAGCUCAAUUCACCUCUGGGCUGCCAGGAACGUAGUUGUCCAAAAGCAAAGCUUGGAAGUGACAAUCAACAAGAGCCCUCGAGAGAAUCCCAGCCCCAAACAGGAAAGCUCCAUAAUGCCAGGCCUGAUUUACGACAUCAGUCCUCAAGCUCCUUGCACACUUCUGGCUCCUGUUACACUAGCUGAGUGA